GCCGCCGCCCUCCUCCGGGCCGGGCCGGGCGGCCGGGUCCGGGUCACCUUGUCCUCCACGGACUGCUACAUCGUCCACGAGAUCUACAACGGCGAGAACGCUCAGGACCAGUUUGAGUACGAGCUGGAGCAGGCCCUGGAAGCCCAGUACAAAUACAUCGUCAUCGAGCCCACGCGCAUCGGGGACGAGACGGCGCGCUGGAUCACCGUGGGGAACUGCCUGCACAAGACCGCCGUGCUGGCGGGCACCACGUGUCUCCUCACCCCCCUGGCCCUGCCAGGAGAUUAUUCUCACUACAUCUCCCUGCCCGCCGGCGUGCUGAGCGUGGCUUGCUGCACCCUUUACGGCAUCUCUUGGCAAUUCGACCCCUGUUGCAAGUACCAAGUGGAGUACGACGCCUAUAAACUUUCCCGCCUGCCCCUGCAUACGCUCACCUCCUCCACCCCCGUGGUGCUGGUGAGGAAGGACGACCUGCACAGAAAGAGACUGCACAACACGAUAGCACUGGCAGCCCUGGUGUACUGUGUAAAGAAGAUCUAUGAACUCUACGCCGUAUGACUUCGGCAGGGAAGACGGGGACCCGCGGAGACGAGCGUAUGCAGACUCCCACAGUAACCUUUUGUUUUUUCCUCUCUGAGAAGCGGUGGAGACUGGGAAGGAGUUGGUUUAAUAGAGCUGUUAUUUUUAAAAUAACACGUCACUGGUGCACCAAGGUUUUUCAGUUCUUCGUUACACUUAAGAUGUGGAUGUGUGGUGACUUGAGAGCUGUAUGUUAGGCCCUGGGAGUCCAAGCCAGCAGCAGGAUGUUGACAAAAGAAAGUUAUAGAAAGAGGGGGGGGGGGGAGAGCUGCUUUUUUUUUUUUUCCUUUUUUUUUUUUGGGAAACAUUUAAGUAUAUUGUUUAACUGUAUUACACAGAACCAGCCAGAAGUUAUCAUUGACCAUUAAAGGAUGAGAAUUUC